AGAAAGCAAAUUGCUUUUAUUUCUUAAUUUCCUUUAUUUUUCAAACAUGAAGUCUAAACUGUUUAUAUUUUGGAUACCAUUGACUUGUCUGACGGGUAUUAGCCUGAUACAACCUAUACACAGCAAGGAUGAUACAGACUGGAAGAAUGUACCCCAGUUUCCCCGUUACUGGGAAAAAGCCCCCGCCUCUCUUGCUGAAUAUCCUAAGAAUAACAACACAGUAUAUAUCAAUCCAUGGAACUACUUAGACAGACAAGGAAUGUAUAAGAGUAUUAUAGAGGCAACCGGAAAACAACUAAAUGGAACUGAAUUGGGUGGAAAUUUAAACCUUAUUUGGGGUCUUCCUUUACAGCAUGGGUGGCAAUUCGAGACUGGGAGGUUGCGAGAUUUUACAAAUCGCACACUUUGCGGUUUCGGUAAUGAUACCCAUUUCGAUGAAAAAUCAGAAAUCUUUUGUGUGUCUCCAAAAAGCUGGUGGGCCAGUAUGAAUUACUAUUUGUCAGUUUUGCCAUUUCUUGCGGCUAUGGAUGCAGGAUAUUUUAAGGACGAAAUCAAAGGAUUAAAAGUUGAACUGAAACCUCCAAAUUUCAACGCAGACAAGUUUUGCUAUGAGAUCAAAGAUUGCAAGAAUAAAGAAAUUAAAUCUAUGAAAAGUUUGUCCGAUUUCUUCAGCUAUCUCAAAAAGUGUUCACAGACAAAAUGUGAAACUGAUAUAGCUGCCGAAAAAUUAUGGAAAGCACAUGUUGAAUUAAUUGAUGCUGGUACGAAGUUGUUUGAUGAUGAACUAUCACUUCUUUCAUCAGCUGAACAAAGAUUUGGAAAGGGUUGGGUGAAAACUGUCUCAAUGUUAGCUGCAAUUAGAUUCAGAACAAACAUGAUACAGACUUCAAAAUUCCAGGAGCUUGGCCUACCCAAAAGAAUCUUAUGGGAAACUGAUGCUGCCCCCAAUAUCCAGGACUUGUCCCAGACAGAGAACAUGUGUCUAUAUGUUUUAGACCUGCUUCUAUACUGGGACAACUUAUCAGGGGGCUCCAUAGUAUCCACAUGGAAUGCUGUUAUGUGCAGUGAGGCUACAAGGAAGAUAGGGCGCACCAUCAUGACAGAUUUAUUUCAGAGCCCUCUUUCAGCAGCAAAUGAUAUAAUGUCAUUAUUAUGGACUAGAAUAACACGUGGCUGUUAAGAAAUCUCAAUGGAUACCAAAAUAAAAAGUGGCUCAGACGGUUAUGCUAUGUGACUGAGGAUUCAAAAGACAAAUUAAAUAAAAUAGUCCUGCAAGAUUAAGAGGAUAAAUUUUACUAUUGAACAUAAUUUUCACAUAAUUUGAUAAAAAUAUACAUUUCCUUCGCCUGCCAUAUGUUUUGGCAGUGUCCAUGGUAACAUAUGAAAUGAAAAUGAAAAUUUUGAGAUAAAAAUGAUCGAUCUGUCUACAGACAAAAAGAGUUUAUUUGAGGGAAAAGGGUUCUUAUUACGUUUUUCUUUUUAAUCAAAAUUCUAAAAUAAAUAUUUCAAUUUAAAAAUAUUUUUUGAUGCUUUCUGUGAG